CUGAGUGUCACUAAAUGACACCAUCAUGGGAUGUUCAUGGCUGUUGGUUUUGGGUCUUGUCCUAAAAGUUUCUCAUUGCCUGGGAAUCCAGGGUUCGGGUGCAGAGCCCAUUUCUGUGAUCUCUCACAAUAUCACGGCGGUCCUGGGGGAGGACGUGCACCUGAGCUGCAGCUAUCUGGGGGACAGCGAGAUCACGGCUUCAGAGUGGAGACGCCAGAUUAACUCCAAAAACAAAUUCAGACGACUGGCAGGGUUUUCCAAUGGAAAAUUCUUUCACCAGCGCGACUUCUCAAUCCCAGAGUCUCCCACCAACCUCACCACUCGGAUGAGGGUGUCCAGCGUGGAGGCGGAGGGAGAAUAUUUUUGCCAGUUUGAAUCUGAGGAUGAGAUCUUUUUGGACACUGUGUUUGUCACUGUAGUAGCUCGGCCGGAGAUACAGGUCCAGAUAAACGCAGAGACUUUGAAUGGCACUCACUACCAAUAUGUCACGUGCUCUGCCGGGGGGGGCAGGCCGGCGCCUCACAUCAGCUGGCUGAUAGGCCGCCAUCCACCUUCGGACCCCCCGUUCACCGUGGACGUAAACGAAACUCUUCACUCCGACGGCACCUCUACCCUCACCAGCGUCCUCAGGUUUCCCACCCAGCAGCAGGACGAGGACACCGCGGCCUGUGUGGUCAAACACCCCACCCUCCCAAACCCCAAACUCUCGGCGGUGAGGGUGGAGACUUACGCGAGGCCAAACGUGACCAUUAAAGCAGAGGUGGUACAACAAGGAGGAAAUGAUUCCUGGGUGGUCUCUUGCAUUUCAUCCGGAGGGAGACCAGACACUGACAUCUCUUUGGCUUUAAACGUGAGUGAGGAGCUGCAGAGAGAAUAUGACAAAGACUCCGACGCGCAGACACUGUCGGUGCGUCUCCCCGUGGCAGAGUAUGAGGGUCACAUCAUCACCUGCAUGUUUAAUCACCCGAAAUUCACACACACCGAGUCAAGACUCAUAACACUGCCAACAUUUUACUUGAUGGGAGCCCAGCUUCACUCUGAGAUGGGAAGCGAGAAUGACGACUUUCGGGAAACUGAGUUUUUAGAGCUGCAGGAAGGAGAGAGGGAUGUAGUGAGACGCAUCGAGGUCGCAGGGAAUGUGCCCCGCUACAACACUAUCUGCAAAAAGGAUGAUGGAGCGCUGCCUGAGGAUGUGGCGCUUGUUGGUGAAAGCCUCACAUUUGGGGGUCCUGUGGAGCUUCAUCAUGCUGGCCUGUAUGUGUGUGAUAUCUCUUAUCAGCACCUGAGAACAUGGGUGCAGCUAAAUGUCACCGUCAGACCUCCCGCUCAACGGCUGGUUCCUCCCAGAAUCCGGCUUGAUUUGCGGCGUGAGGACGGACGGCGGGUGAUUGAGUGUGCAGCGGCCGACGCUGUUCCGGCAGCCAACGUGUCCUGGCUUCAGCCGGAGGGUGUUUCUGCAGACUUUUGGUUCAGUUCCACCACUCACAAUGGAAGCCACUCUGUCAGGGGAGUUUUACUCCUCCCUGCCUGCUCGCAAUGGGAGUUGACUGCAGUGUGUGUGAUAAAUCACCCGGCGUUUGAGGAAGCAGUGAACAGAAGCAUAACAUUCCCUAUUUGCGCUCCUCCCAAUAUCACCCUCAGUGCCAGUUCUGAGUGGAAAGAUGGUCAGAAGCACACAAAGGUGCUCUGCUCUGCUGUCAGUGUGUCCUCGGCUGCAGACAUAAGCUGGCAUGCUGGAAAUGAGAGCAUCGGUUCUCUCAUGGAAGCUGAAGUGCAGGCUGAGGGUUUGGUUUUGAGCUGGAACUCCGUGCACUUCCUGUCCUCUCUGUAUGCCGGUCAGAAUUUGACUUGUAUGGUGAAGCACCCAAGUCUGAAGACACCAGAAACGAGAACAAUUCACAUUCCAGCGCACAAAGCCCCCUGGCUGAGUGUGUCUGUGGCGAGACAGCAAGACUCCCCUAUCUGGCUGGCAGUGUGUGACUGCAGGGGGGAGGGUGUUGGAACAAACCUUGCCUGGGUCCUUCCUCAAAAUGCCAGGGGUGAAACCUCCCUGCACACUGAAUAUGAGGGACACAUAAUGAAUGCCAGGCUGAUUUAUAGGUUUCCUCUGGCUCUUCAUGAGGGACAGGAACUGACCUGUGUGUAUAAGUUUGAAAGUGGAAUAGCAGAGAAGAAGAGCAUUACCAUUCCCAGAUACUAUAUGUCCUCCUUGAGAGUCCUGAACCAGACAACUCCUCUGCACAGUCGUUUUGACGAUCAGCCUGUCAUACAUAGACUCUCUGUCCACGAGAACCAUCGCAGCCAGAAAAUACUCCUCAAAGUUGAGGGCAAUGUGCCAGACCACAGCAUCGACUGUCGCAGGAGUGAUGGCUUAAUUGUUCAAAUGGACGGGGACGCAAUGAUCCUCCAGCCGGAGGUUUCUGGGCAGAAUACAGGCCUGUACACCUGUUUGGCUUCUUUCUGUCACCACAAGGCAACCGUCAACAUUCAGGUGGAAGUCAUGAGUGAAGACGAGCAGCUCAUGCUGGUGACGAUGAUCUGCGUCUCUUCAUCUGUGGCCAUCCUGCUCGUCUUCAUCGUCACCCUCUGCGUAUGCUGCAAAAGAAACAGCAGACAACAGUAUAAGAAGCGGGAAUCCCUCUCGGCCCUGGCGGCUCUGAUGCAGGAGCCCGGCUCUCCUGAGGUCAAGAAACCACCGGCAGCGUCGGACGACAGCAAAGAGCUGGUCACCUACUCCAUAGUCAUCGACAUCAAGAGUACGGUCUGAAGAUAUGGGGGCUUUGCAGAGGUUCAUAUCUCACAACCAUCUUCUGCUGCGCACAAAUUAGCUCUGAAGGCUUUGUGGAACUGUAUUGCUGUGAAUUUUUCUUUUUACUGUAAGUUUCCCUGUAUUUUUUAGUGUGAAUGUAGCAUUUCAAAUGAUGAGCACUGAGCUUCUCGGUGGACGGGCAUUAACGGUUAAAAGCAUAAAGUUUGCACUCCUUUAAGUCUUACUUGAAUUUUGUAUCUUGUUUUCCACACGUUGAGUUUUCAAUUAUAAUUUUUUUUUGUGGUGGUAUUUCUCAAUAAAGCCAUUCAAAGGUCAUUUCCCAGCAUUUCUCCAUUUUGUCAGAUGCACAGGUACCACUGUGAGGUUCA